AUGGCAAGAGUGAACGAUACUAGUGGCCGCAUCGCUUCUGAAGCACAAAUGGAUAUCGAUUCCCAUAAUCCAGAAAUUAUCCAACCCACGGCGGAGGAUGACGACGCGAUGCUGCCCAGAGUGGUGAGCGUUGUUCCAGCAAUCUUCGUCCCGGUGGAGAUCGAUUAUACGGAUCCCUUCACCCCUCCCAAGAAUGGGGCCGAACGCGCAAGGAUGGCUCUUGAAUCCAUUGAAUUCCACCGAACCGGCGGCCUCAAGGGUUUCGAGCAUCUCACUGAGCUCGAGCGGCGGCGGAUUCUCGGGCAGGCCAGGAGAUGGAAGUCGGAGCAUGGCACUGAGGACAAGGAAAAACCUGGUGUUCCUCCGCAGGAGGUCGACGCGAUGAUUCGGUGCAUGUCUGCGCCCCGAACGGCGGGUGUAGACUACAAUACACCCACGGAAGGAGUCCCUCCUCCCAACUUCUUGGCUCAUCUGGACAGACCUGACGAGGCGGACUCGCUGAGACAGCUACAUCUGCUCGUGGAGCAGAGCUUGUGCCAACAGAAGGGCUACGAGGCGCACAUGGACAAGAACAAGGCCUGCUGGACUGAGGUGCUGGAGAGAGAACAGAAGACGAUGGAGCUACAGGCAAAUAAUGCCUCGGAGGAUGUUGAGAUGGGUUGA